AUGGCAAUCAACAGAGUUACAUUUGGCCUCGACAGGUUUUCAUUUUUCCCAGCUAUAAAGAAGUGGAGGAUUGGGGAUGUCAUUUUAAUCCCCAUCGUGUUUUUAAUCAACUCUUCAGUUUAUUAUGUUGGUACACCUUUUGAAAGGCAAUUCUACGUCAAUGAUCUUACAAUAAACCACCCAUUUGCUGAGCAUGAAAGAGUGCCGAAUCAACACAACAUCUUUUACUCAUUGUUCAUCCCAACUGUCGUGAUUGCGUUAUUUACUAUCAUAAUUGGACAUCCAACUCACAAGUUGUAUCUGGGAUAUGUUUCAUUAUUGGGGCUCUACGUCUCUUUCUUUGUCAAUGGGCUAUUCACUGAUAUUUUGAAGAACUGGAUAGGAAGACAUAGACCUGAUUUCAUUGCAAGAUGUAUUCCUAAGCCUGAUACUCCUCUAAACACAUUAGUUUUUGCUAAGGAUGUUUGUACCACCAAGAACUUAGAAAGACUAGCUGAUGGAUUCAGAACUACUCCAUCUGGUCAUUCAAGUACUGCUUUUUCAGGAUUAGGUUACUUGACACUUUGGCUAUAUGGACAAUUAUUAACUGAACACCCAUUGACAGGCUCAUGGAGAAAAGUUUUGGCCACUGUUCCUGCUCUUGGUGCUGGAUUAGUUGCUCUCUCAAGAACUGAAGAUUAUAGACAUCAUUUUGUGGAUGUUUUGUUGGGAAGUUUGAUUGGAAUGUGUAUUGCCUAUUGGGCUUACAGAAGAAACUUCCCAGAACUCACAAGCUUAACAGCGUUCAAGCCAUACUUGGAUGACAGUGACGUUGGAAAAGAAGAAAUUGCAAUCCUUAAAGCAGACCAAGGUGAUGAAUCCAACUCUCAUCUACUGCAUUCUCAUGACCUAGAAGUUCAAAACUGA